AUGGACUAUAAAAAUGUACCCGAGAACAUCAAGGUCAAUGUUCCAAGCUCAAAUGCCUCUCCGCCACCCUCCACAUCUGGCGCUAACUCCUUAGGACAACAGACUGGGGCAACUUUGGGGAGACCUGCAGCAGCCAACGCUGCACGAGAGCGUAGCCGAGUGCAGACCCUACGACAUGCCUUCUUGGAGUUACAGAGAACUCUGCCCUCUGUGCCACCUGACACUAAACUCUCCAAGUUGGAUGUAUUGCUUCUAGCCACCACCUACAUUGCCCAUCUCACCCGCAGCUUGCAGGAUGAAGAAGAAUUGCCUGGCAAGAGCUUGGGAACCCUGAGGGGGGAUGGCUACCUACACCCUGUUAAGAAAUGGCCAAUGAGAUCACGCUUAUACAUUGGAGCAUCAGGACAAUUUUUGAAUCCCUCAGCGCAAUCAGAAAAUGUAAAUCAAGGAGAAACCUCAACAAAUUCUCAAAUUUAA